AUGUGGAGUUCAACAUCUUACACCAAUGCGAUGCCUCUCCCACUUUUGUGUUUCCCAUAUCUCGUAUUGAAAAAUAUUCUGCUGCAGAUGAGUCCACAUGACAUGGUCGCAUUAUCAUUUUGCUCAAAGAAAGCAUCAGGCUAUGUCAAAAGUGCAAUAAGACGACAAUACUCGUUGUCAAUAGAGUUUGAUAGCGAUAAUGAAUUCGAUAUAACCAUUUACCGCAACGCGUGUCCAGAAAGUAUUGGUAGACUGGAUCUUAAUCUUGAAAAACAAGAAGAAGUUGAAUACGUUACCAAAUGGUUAUCCAACAUAUUCGUUGAGAAAUGUUCAAUCUCUACAAAGAAUCCUGUCAAAAGUUUCAGUGUGACUCGAUUUUUGGAGAGUGUUCAAGUCUCAAAAGCAUUAUCUGUAGACUUGGAGACUCUAGACGAGUUGGUUUAUGAGAGGGUGUUUGAUUUGGAUGAAAUCAUCAUACCAGGAACAUUGAGGAAUUUACUGGAUAUGAAUUGUGCCAACAUACAUCUGUAUGGGGUAAUCUCAAAUGAAGAUAUGAAUCAGUUCUUGAGAGGAUGGUAUGAUGGUUGCUUUGACAAAUUACGUAGAAUAGAGUUUUACGUCAAUCUACGAUGGCAAAAACUUUUGGAUGGUAUGUCAGUGUACGAAGAUUGCGAGUGUAAGAUUCCCAUAAAGCCACUAUACCGAAUGAAGACCAUCUACAUUGAAAACCGCAAUGGGGUCAAAGCAAGUAUUGAAAGAAUAAAACAAGUGGAGGACAUGUACAUGUGUAUGACAAUCAGAUGA